AUGGCAUCCAACCAGAACCCAUGGCAGGACGAGUACAGCAGCACGACGCCAACCCACGGCAGCGGCUAUCAAAGCCCACCUCCCGCGCAAGCUCACGGCCUCUCGAACCACAACCCGUACUCAGCAUACCAAGACCAGACCUCCUCUUCGCACAACCAGUAUGCUCCUCCAGAUCACCCACCACCAGGCCACAACCUCGGACAGGGACAAUCGGGGCACCAAAGCUCAACUCACAACGAGCAAGAUCCCUGGGCACAAUACCAGUCACCUGACUUCAACCCCAAUCCACAACAGCCGCCCUCCAACCCCUCCUACCAGUUUCGCGUUCCCCCGCACAACUCCGAAACCCAGAACUUCCAAGGCCUCAACGACAACAAUUACGAGGUGCCCCCCGGCCUUCCUCCUCGCCGAACCGGCACGGAUCUCGCGCUCCCUCAAGGUCAGGAUCGGAGCCACCAGAUUGAAGUGAUGCAGAGCUAUGAGGCGCGGGGCAUGAAGGACGAACACGACCAAAAUGUGGAGAUCCUGCAGCGCGAGUUCCCGAAGUUGGACGGGAGCUUGAUUGCUGCGAUUUACGGAGACAGCCAGAGUUUGAGCGCGACGAGGGAGAUGCUAGGAGAGCUAGACCGGGAAUAG